UUGAGCAACAGUCCCCUCUUCACUUACAGCGUCUUCAACCUCCGACCAGAUGUUGCUGUUAAGAAAAAGGGUGGUUUGAUCUUGAGUUGGUCAGGCGCUCGUGUUGAGAUCCCUCAUGGAGCUGCGACUGGGGGCAAGUCGAAGGUCAUUUCCUCCCCCUUGCCUUCCGCCGUAAGGUCCUACGCGUGUCCUUGGCUGGGGCCCAACCUCCGUCUUGGCAGUGACGUCCAAUUUUUGUGGUAUCCAAUCAAACUCAGGAAACCUGUGCGCUGCUUUAUUCCCUUUACAUACGCUGCGACGAUUGAACUCACCACCAAAGAGGCCACGAGUAAAGUUAAGGAAGCGCUGGCUGCUAAAAGUGGGUUGCGUUUUGCCUCCACGCUGAAUGUUAUUUACUUUGAAGCAAUGCAGGCGGCAGCGCGGGCUGCAGCGAAGACAGCCGCGGACGCGGGCCAAGACGCUCUGGCAAGCGCGCAAAAUCAGGAGGCAGCCGCCGCUGGUGAGAAGAAGAAGAAAGAUAAAAAGAAGGGUGGGCGUCACGAAAGAACCAAGGCAGUGGACUACGUCUCGAUUGACGCUCCCCUCCUGGACUCACGAUCGGUGUUCGUAUUGCAGUCCAAACUAGGAGAGGCUUCAUGGACUCUGAAAAAGGAUGUUGAAAUAAUCCAGCCGACAAUCCACUACCUGGAGUGGCCAUCGCGCAUGCGUGAAAUGGCCUACAGCGCCGCCCGAUUCAGCGAGCGCGAAAAGGCCAAACCGGCGCCGCCACCUUCGACUGCUGGCAGCCCCGCGGCGGCGCCUGCUCAGGCAAACGGUGGCAGCAAGUCGAGCGGCAAGGCGGACAAGAAGGGUGGUAACAAGGGUCAGCCAGCCAACAAAAGCGGCCCUGUUGACAUCGAGGCCAACAUCAAGGCUGCCAAGGACGCCGUCUCGCCAAUCGACGUGGCAAAGAAGGCGACGGCAUUCAUCGGGGGCAUCGCAUUCCAAGCGGACGAGUUGUGCGAUUUCGUUGCUAUCGUCAUCGGAACGCCCUCAGAGACGGUGAGGUUUGAUUCUGAGGGUGGCCUCUUGCGGUCGCCAAUAUUGCACCCUCUCUUCAGUGUCCGGAUACCCAAAUUGUCCCUCAAGGACACUCGAAUAUCCACAUUCAAGGAAUUUUCUAGUGCCAAAUCAAUUCACAACUUUGUUAAGUUCACUUAUAAAACUUGGUGCAUUUCUAAGGCCAUCCAAAUCCGCAAGGAUUUGAUUAACCCAAUACACCAUUUUGAUCCACAACUCACCGAAAUAAACGAGUGCUCCAACAUCUACGAGCUCGACCUCGGCACCACUCCACUCGAGAGGCCCGCAACCCUGACUCUGCCUCUGCCUGAAUGGUACACCACAAUGAUUGAAAAGAUGCUUGCGCCAGCGUCUUCGCCAUCGGCGGACACCGAGUUAGACGAGGAAAUAUUGCAGGUUGGAGACGAUGGGACCAGCCGUCAACCGAAGGAAGACGCCGAUGUUAGUCAGGCAUCUAAAAAAGCCUCCAAAACUCCUGCCCAAUCUAACGACAACAAUGUAAUUCCGAUCGAUAAGAGACCAAAGAACCUAGUUCUCGUCUAUCAGCAACCCCUAAUGAAGCGUCAGCUUGUUUGGCGAGCUUCUAAUGGUGACUCGAACAGCGACAGCGUCGCAACCAGGAAAAAACUGGUAAAAGUAGGACCCUAUCGCGACGUCACGUCUUCCUCUCUCCUCCGAGGUGACAACCUGAAUGCUAAAAAUGGCUGGCUUAACCUGCUGCUGGGUCUCAAGGGAGCUCAGUGGAAGGAUGUCCCCAUCAACGGACCUUUCACUCCUCGGUGCUUGCAAGUCAAUACUUUUCAACUUGGCCGAUACAAUUGCGACAUGUCUAACAGGCUCAACAAUGUAAUCACUGCUGGAAUGGAGGUUUGUUUCGUAGUGAACCUGAAAAUACCGUUUGUGGCCAGAUUCGCCCUGCUGUACUCGAAUGACCCCUAUCGAACGCCCACGUCGAAAAUCGCUCACAUGAUGACCCGUCUAGAGGCCCUGAGUGUGGCCCCUCCUGGCAUUCUGCUGCCUUGCAUUUCCACGGCCCCAUCCAAAAUCACCCUCUGGAUCGACUGUGUGCCCACCACCAAACUGCUUGACGUCCUUGAAGAGCGUCUUCUCGCAGGAUUCAUCCCACUUGUUCAGAGCAUGGCGAGUCCCUCAAGACGGUGCGCGGCCAUUGCCAACUCGGCCUACCAAAACCUCCAAAACCUGCUGCCUCCUCCGGACGAGAGUAUGGAGAGACCUGCCAUUCCAAACUACGGACAGUCCAGAUAUCGAGUUAGCGGCUACGACUUGCUCCACGUUCUCCUCUACAACAGCCUCUGCAUGCGUGUGGUCGUGAGAGGCAAGGUGCAGAUAAAGACUCGAGGCGUUUUCGAUUGCUUCCUUAGCCUCGUAGACAGCAAACGGCACACUGUGUCACACCAGAACAGUGGUUCCACCGCCAACACCAUGGACAGUUUUUCAACGACAAACGAUGAAUCACAUCAAACAUCGGCUAGCCGAACAAAAAUGACCACAGGGCAGUCUGAAGCGCCGGAUGCCGUGUCGCCUGAGCAUUUUAUUACGGCGACGGAGACGCGCUUCUCAUUUCACGACCUCAUCUCCGACACUCCCACGGUCAUAGAACUGGAGCCCCUAAAAGAUACUUUUGCGUACGCCGCCAGUCAGCGCCUGCAAAAGUACUUUAGUCCGUUUUGCUUUUGGGAGAAAUUGAUACAAAAUCUGAUGAAUCGUCGCCUUGAAAAACUCGAAACAGUUGCCAGUGCCGAGCCCGGGAACAAGGAUCACCAGAUAAACAACUCAGGUAAUGAGGCUUCACCUAACUUUCCUUUGCUUGAAGAUGAUGUGAUUCAGCUGGAUAGAACAGUGGAUGGCCUUUACUCAGCUCUCUCAGAAAACGGUUCGACUGGAUGGAAUAUGAAUAACAAGGAGGAAGAUUCAGAGAUUGAGAGCUACGACCUGGAGCCAUUGCACCAGUUAACAGAGGGACACAAUGUUGAACAGGUGGAGGACCAGGAGCAUGAGGAGGAAACGGAGGAGUUGAUUGAGAGGCCUCUUCCUCAAGGACAUGACGGGGACGACGAGAAGACAACGCGCGAGCACUUCACCGAACUACUCGAUGCUUUCUCGGUGAAAAACUCACCCCUCCUUGGAUUUGAGGUCUCCAAAGAUAUAUGUCGGAGACUAACAAACAUCUAUGAUAAAGGACUCGCAAAUGAAGCAAAAGAAUUCAUCAACCAACUCUAUGAGGCAUAUGCGAUUGGACGAGUGGACUUUUACCUGGUGCAGCCCUCGGAGAUGUAUCAAGUGCGUGAAAAACCCAAGACCGAAAUGACCAACGUCUCAAACGUUUAUGACAGCGAAGAUGACGUGGACGACUCCGAAGACGCCUUUGGUGCUGUGUUGGGCGAAAAUGACAACACUGAUGAAAAGGAGGAGGAUAUUGCCGUCACCGAGAGAGAAGUACCUUCACAAAACCAGAGCAACAUGAAGUGGAAUAAGAACAUGGGAAUCCCCGAACCUGGUGCAAACGAACCACAACCGUUGGCCUCGUUCGAUGUAAAUUUAAUCGUUAACUUCUUCGUGGCUUUAACGCUGGUGCGAUUUCAGCAAAAAUGA